GUACAUGCCCAUCUGGCUUCUCUUAUCAGAGCGGAGAGAGUUAGGACAGUAACAAGGGUCAAGGACCGAAGGAUGAUGGGAUCGAAGGGGGCAUGAGAAACCUCCUGCGGGAGACUUCUGGAACGAUGUCUCUUCAUGCAGGAAAGGGUGAUGAAGAGGGCCUUCAAGGGCUGCUCCCCAUUCCCCCUGUGCCUUCACCCCUACUCUUGGUCCUCCUGCUCCAUACAGCCUAGCUUCCACUUUCUCCAUGGACAUUCUUGGCCUGAAGAGUGGAGAUGUUUGUAAAUUGACUAUCAGUAUUCUGGCUUCUCAAGCCAAGCCCAUUUCCCUCCCUUACUUCCAUGUGGGACUCUGAAUGCUGCAGUCUGCACCUGCAUCUGGAGGCCACACCCUGGCUGCUUCCCCCUUUGCCUCCACACUGCCCCUUCCUGGCUUCUGCUCAUUUGGCCCCAUCUUCACAGGUCCUCUUCCCAUGCACUGCUGCCCAGGAGCACAGGGAGGAUGACUUGAGAAGGGAGGGGGUAGGCGGUCAGGAAGAUGUAUCUUCCUCCUCUACUGCUGCCUCCUCCCUUGUCCUGUGGUACUUCCUCUCUGGCUGACUUAACUGACAGCACCCAGAGCCAGGGCCACAGAUCCAGGGGAUAGGUUACUCCUUCUGGCCAGCACCUGGUGGAGCUUGUCCCCGCCCUCUCUGCUCACCACAGCCAUGAACACUUCGUCUACUGCCACCCCGCAGACAGGGGCUGGUGUCUUUAUAGCUCAGCUGUCCAUCAUCCUGUUGUCAGUGGCUCUGGUGGUGGGGGUGCCCGGCAACGGCUUUGUCGUGUGGAGCAUCCUGAAGAGGAUGCAAAAGCGCUCAGUCACUGCCCUGCUGGUGCUGAACCUGGCCCUGGCCGACCUGGCUGUGCUGCUCACCGCACCCUUCUUCCUGCACUUCCUGGCCCAAGGCACCUGGCGGUUUGGACAGGCUGGCUGCAGCCUGCUCUACUACAUCUGCGGGGUCAGCAUGUACGCCAGUGUCCUGAUCAUCACGGCCAUGAGCUUGGACCGCUCACUGGCAGUGGCCCGCCCCUUUCUGUCCCAGAAGCUGCGCACCAAGUCAGUGGCCAGGUGCCUGCUGGCCGGCAUCUGGGUGCUGUCCUUCCUACUGGCCACACCGGUCUUUGUAUACCGCAAGGUGAACAUGAGAUUGGACAACAGGAGCCAGGUCUGCUUCCCAACCUACCCCAGCGAAAGCCACAGGAUCUUCCAUCUGCUCUUCGAGGCCCUCACAGGAUUCCUGUUGCCCUUCAUGGCCGUGGUGGUCAGCUACUCGGACAUUGGGCGCCGGUUGCAGACACGGCACUUCCGUCGCAGCCGCCGCACCGGUCGCCUGGUGGUGCUCAUCAUCCUGGCAUUUGCUGCCUUCUGGCUGCCUUACCACGUGGUGAAUGUGGCUGAGGCAUUCCGGGCACUGGCAGGCCUGGGCAUGGGGAUGGGGCCUACAGGCCAACGGCUGUACCUGGCACGCCAUGUGCUCAUUGCGCUAGCCUUCCUGAGCAGCAGCGUGAACCCCGUGCUGUAUACAUGCAACAGCGUUCGCCUGCUGCGCUCAACUGGCAUGGGCUUCGUCGCCAAGAUGCUGGAGGCCACGGGCUCUGAGGCGGGCAGCUCCCGUCGUGGGGGCACCCUGGGUCACACUGUGAAGAGUACUCCCAUGUCCCCAGAGCCCGGCCCUGUGGAAAGCCUCACUGCCUCCACUAACCCUCUGGAAUGAAGUGAGAAGGGUGAGGGUGGGGAAACGGGUGAAAUGUGUCCCCCUCCAGCCCUAGCUGGCCUAACCGAUUUGUGCCCAUGUGUGAGAAGGCAUGCUUUGGCCUGGCAGCAUUUCUCUGAAAAUCCAAUUCAACCCUUAGGGUGGGGCAAGUGCUUGUGUGGGUGGGUGGAGGGGGGCGGGUAGUGCUGAGUUUGCUUGUGGGUGCCCUACCUAUUGAGAGGCUUGUGUCACAUCCCUUAGUUCCCCAUGAGUCACAGUUGUGGAGGGGACACAGACCUAGCAAUCUGGUUUGCCUCAAGCCAGGGCAGAGGUGUAGAAAAAAAACAAGGAGAUCCCUAUUCUGGGGGUGCUUGGUGCUCUAGACCCCGC